UGUCAUCAUGAUCGGGCUGCACUGGAUCCCCACGGUCGAACAACCACCAGGCCACCUGCCUUUCCUCAACUUGAAAUAGUUCAAUUUACAUCUCAUUGCCAAAUCGUCACUGCUUUGCCGUUCAAUAUCUCUGCAACAAUUCUUCCUCAACCGCCCAUAAAUACCAGAGUUAAAGUCCAAGGUACCGCAUCGAGUAUUCCACCCUGAUUCGACUAUUACAAGACCUCGCCUUCAACCGCGAGAAGCAAUCCCAAACGAGAAUCCAAGCCCGAAUACACAUCGCACAAAAUGGCCAACAUGUUCUCCUCCCGCAAGGGGCCCCUCCUGAUAGCAGGCGGGCUUUUCAGCGGUCUUCUCUACUUCACCUACGGCGCGCGGCAGCAACCGCGGACGACGGCGACGCACGACGCGUCGUCGCAAGCGGGCGUCUCGCAGACGCUGCAGUCGGUGGCGGGCACGGGCGGCGAGCGCGCGCACGCCUCGCGCGACCGGGAGGAGCAGCGCCUCUACGAUCCCAAGGACACGGGCCUCGCCAGCAGCGACCCCUCGGCCGCCAGCAAGCGGAGUCCCCAGAAGGUGAGGGGCGACCUGGGCGGUGACCAGAAUAACCCGGCCGGCGGCGGGCAGGGGAAGCAUAUUGGGGACAGGGGCCCCGACAGCGGGGAUUUGCCGUACAAGAGGAUGGGGUCGCAGGCAAGGUCUGUGGAGGAAGGGCGGGAUAAGAUGUGAAUAUCGCGUGGGAGGGGCUUGUUGUACGGUGUUGGUAGAAGUGGCAUCGUGUUGUUGUAGGGCAUGAGUCAAGUGGUACUAUUGCUUGAGGGCGCAAACAAUCAUCGCAUUGUUAAUCUAUCAAUUUCUCUACCCAGAAAUAC